UUCCUCGAAUGCAAUUGCUCGAAAUCAAUUGCUCGAAAUCAUUUGCUCGAAAAUCAAUUGCUCGAAAGUCAAUUUUCUCGAAUUACAAAUUCCUCGAACGGCAAUUGCUCGAAAACGGUUUGCUCGAAUUAAGUUCGCAAUUAACUUAAAUUUAUGCAUGCGUGAUCAAGUGAAAGGUCUUCCAUACGUUUUGCCUAUACUAUGCUUAUACCUAAAGAGAUGUACUUCACAUCCGUUCAGUAGUGUGGUCAUGAUAAUGAAAAUAACCUGAACAUAAAAAGUGAGAACAUAUUAUAUUGUUGAUUUGGGUUCUUGGGUUUUAAAAAUUAAAAAAACAAGUGUCCAUAUUGGUGAAAGUCAUUCAAUAUAUUAUGUAAUAUGAGGUAUGCACCAUAAUAAGGUUUUCUUGGAGAAAGCAAGUCAUGAUCAGUUAAAUGUAAUUAAUGAUUAUUCAUCUUCUCACGAAUGAUUUCAUUAUGUUAAUCUGCAUUAGGGUUUUCAUUAGAGUGUAUAAUAAUUGCUCCGUAAUUAUCCUUAGGUUAAUGAGAUGGUUGUUAUUAGAAAUGAUGGUUAUUCCUAAUAGGUGAUUAACAUCAGAAUGCUUACAAUGAAAUUUGGAAGGAGAAAUUCCCUAUAAAUAGCCUAGUAACCCAAAAACGUUUGUUAGUUCAAAAUUUGAAAGCUCACAAGUGAACAUGGCGUUAGAGUUCGUGUCCAGUGAGAAAGGGAAAUCCAAGUUGUUUUUCGAAAGUUUUUUGUUUAUCAAGGAUAAACAAGUUGAUACCAAAAUUUAUUGGAAGUGCGAGCACUCCAAGAAAAUGAAGUGCAAAGCUCGUGUGAUUACGGUGAAUAACUUUGUGUCGUCAAGCAAUAACGACCACAACCACAAUGCCGACGCAGCGCAGCUGGAAGCCAAUAAGGUCAUGCAGAAAAUAAAGGAAGACGCAGAAAACACAAGAGAUACACCUCAGUUCAUUGUGUCCCAAGCUUCUGCUGGUUUGGGAAAUGCAGUUGCAGCUAAAUUACCAACAGUCAACAAUAUUAAGCGGACCAUUAGGAACGUCAGAGUGAGAGAAAACGUUGCACCGGCCAUACCAAGACAUCGGGAGGAGAUCAUUUUCCCAGAAGAGUUUACAAUUACCACAAACGGCGAACUUUUUCUCCUGCACGAUUCAGGGCCAGUAAAUGACAGAAUUCUGAUUUUUUCAACCGCACGUAACAUCAACCUUCUGGCGAUGUCCCAGCAUUGGUAUGCCGACGGCACAUUCAAAGUAGUUCCACCGCUUUUUCUACAGCUCUAUACCAUCCACGGGAUAAAAGACCAUGUAGCUAUCCCUUUAAUAUAUGCUCUUCUACCAAAUAAGACAGAGCAAACCUACUUAAAUCUUCUUCGAGAAAUAAAAAACCUACUUCCAGCUGAUGAUGCACAACCACAGACCAUCAUGACAGAUUUCGAAGUAGCAAUGAUAAAUGCCAUAAGAAUUGAGUUCCCGCAAACCAUACAUCGUGGAUGCUUCUUUCACCUCUGUCAAAGUAUUUUCCGACACAUUCAGGAAAAUGGCUUAAAACGGGAGUACGAGAGAAAUCCAGAAGUUGCGUUGACAUUAAAACUGCUUCCAGCCUUGGCAUUCGUUCCACCUCAAGAUGUAAUUCCUGCUUUUGAAGACAUUUGCGAGCAAAACAUUUUUUCUCCUGAACUGCAAGUUAUUGUUGAUUAUUUCGAAGACACGUGGAUCGGUCGCCCUCAACGACGUGGACGGCGCCCGCCCCAUUUCGCGAUCAACAUGUGGAAUUGUUUCGAUGCCGUACAACAUGGACUUCCAAAAACAAACAACGCAGUGGAGGGAUGGCAUCGAGCUUUCCAAAUGCAACUGUGUGCAGACCACCCAAACAUCUGGAAAUUUAUUUCGGCAUUAAAGAGGGAGCAGAGUAUAAACGAAUUACGAAUAGAGCAACAUAUCAGCGGGCAACCACCUACCAUCAGUCGUAAGGAAUACCGUGAUUGUGCACAAAGACUUUUAACACUAGUAAAUAGUUAUGCACCUGACAUAAAUAUAUAUGAUUAUGUUCGUGGAAUAGCACAUAAUAUAUCAUAUUGACAACAUGUAAUUUUUGUUUUUCAUAAUAUGUACCUUCCUAACUGUAUCACAUUCCUAUAUUUAGCAAUAUAAGCAUUACUUGGU